UUUUUAAAAAGGAAGGAACCCGGGGCGAAUUAGCACUGCAGCACUAUAACAAUCAGCAGCAGAGUCCUGCCACUACUCAGGUGGAUAUCAGAGGACACGACGAUAUAACAAAGAGCUUCAUCAGGAUUGCAAGUUUAAACAGAAAGCCAUCCUUCGGACUAAAAUAUCCCCAGUGUUGAGAAGCGAAACCAGAAGUGAAGAUGAACCUUUUUGUCAUCCUCGCCAUACUCACAGCAUACAGUGUCAAUGUGGCAUUUUCACAAAGAUGGUCUAAAAAGAUUUUGUCACAUAAACCCCGUGGCACUUUGAAGGAGAUGUGUCUGUCUGGGGAUGGGAGCAGUUACAGGGGAUUUGUUUCAGAAUCCGUGUACAACCGCAAAUGUCUCAGCUGGAAUAGGUUUAAACACCCAUGGGGAGCUUCAGAGGGACUCGGCAACCAUAACUACUGCAGGAAUCCUGACAACAGCCUGAUGCCUUGGUGCCGGGUCCGAAGAGGAAGGAGGAUCGUGAAGGAAUUCUGUGAUGUUCCCAGAUGUUCUACACCACCAGUAAGACUUCCUGAAGCUGUGGACACAGAGAUGACAUGUGGUGAGAGAUCUGAGCAGAGGCUGCAUAAAAUCGUGGGUGGCUCUUUCACACCCAUAGAGUCGCACCCAUGGGUUGCUGCUAUCUAUCAGCAGGACAGUUUUCUGUGCGGAGGAUCUCUCAUUUCACCAUGCUGGGUUGUCACUGCUGCACACUGCUUUGAGGAUGGUGACGUGAAUAACAAGAAGCAUCUGUCUGUAUACCUGGGGAAGACAGCAAUCAAUGAAACAGAUCCUGACAAGGAACAGAGAUUCACUGUGGAAAAACUGAUCAUCCACCAACAGUACAACUCCAGCUACAACAAUGACAUUGCACUAUUGAAGAUCAAAAGCAGAAGCGGAGGAUGUGCAGUGAAGUCAGCGUCUGCACGGGUAGUGUGUCUUCCUCCACUUCACACUCAGCUUCCUGCAGGAUUUCAGUGCAGCGUCGCAGGAUUUGGGAAGGAGAAUCACAUGGCGUGGCGUUACUCACAGUACCUGAAACAGACCAAGGUGAAACUGAUCUCUGAGACAACGUGUAAAAGUGACUCAUACUAUGGACAUCUCAUCACUAAGAAUAUGCUCUGUGCUGGGAGCCCCGACUGGACCACUGAUGCCUGCAAUGGCGACUCUGGUGGUCCGUUGGUGUGUGAGAUGUCAGGUCGGAUGUUUCUGUUUGGGGUGGUGAGUUGGGGUGAUGGCUGUGCUGCGAAGAACAAACCAGGGGUUUACACGCAGGUCACCAACUACAACAAGUGGAUCGAGGCAAAAACAGGGCUCUCCAAGUACACAAAAGGAUCCAUGUAUCCCUUAAAAUGAAGCUCUGGCAUAAAAUCUGGGUAGUUCUUUGGUAGCAGUUUUGUAGCUUCUGUGUGUAUGCGUAUGUUGUCGGUUCGUUGAAGAUUUACUGUAAUGGUUCAAAGUGAAUGAUAGUGCUUUUAUAUACUUAAAUAUAUUUUUUAUUGUUCUUAAUGUAUAGUACAUUUUUAUUAGUUAUGUAUUAACUUUUUGUAGUAAGAAUAUCUAUGUAUUAAAGGGUUUAUUUAUGUAAUUUAAUUGAUUAAGCAUUGUAGAAGGCUGGUCCUGUUGGCAAGCAUGUUUUUAUAAUGAAUAAAAUAUUUUUAUUACA